AUGAACAACAACUCGCUAGAUGUCCCUGUGCCCUCCGGGGACGAAAUACCUCCCCCGAAAACGGUGGAACACGUCGCACCCCCAGCCCAUAUCUGGGAAGACUGGCAGACGGAGAUCCUAGAAAAAUAUCUUCCGGAAUAUAGGUCAAAGAAGUCUGCUGGAGCCCGGGUUGCAAUUAUGGGAAAGGUGCUACAAAAAUUCAAGGCCAGGAAGGAAUCUGCAGAAGGAGAUACAGCUAACCUCCGAAAGGCCGUCCAGCAAUGGUUCGGAGUCAAGUCCAGAAUUCGAAAGCCUAAAGAAAUAAAAAUCCGGAGCAUGAACUGGAACUUCCGGACCGUCGCAUCGGUGCAGAAGAAGAUGGAAAUUAAGGAGGCACAACGGACGCUAUCUGGAAAUGGGGAUAUUAAGUUUGGUAGCUUCCAAGCCGGGCUGAAUUUGGUUUUGAGCAAUCUGACAGAGGAUGAGAUUGAAGAGUUAAAAGAGACGGCGAAAAAGUGGAAUUUACAAGGGCCUCCGGAAGAGGAGAAACAGAGGCUGGCUGUGAAAUCCGCAAUGAAGUUCUGCCGGACCUUUGCUGAAAAAGCCUGGAAGCAGCUUGGGGGGAGGGUCUACAUUUUCUGGGGUUGCCGCGAUGAAGACGGGACACUAUCCGCUUCCAAAUUCGACUUUAAUGCUGAACUCGGGAUGGGCAGGAGCUAUCGAGAUGUUAUUGACGACGGUUCUGUUUCUGACCUCUCCUGGGGAAAAUAUCUUCAGCAAUGCUAUGAUAGAAAUGCCAAGGCCGCGGAGAAUGAUAUUUUUGUCGGGGGACAUCGUAACUCACCAAUGGAUUUGGACACCCGGGAGAAUGGUGAGCCAAUACUCCCAGAGCCAGAGUCAUGGCCUUCGGAUGUCAUGGGGGAGGUUAUGAUCCGAUGGUUGAAAAAGCUAUUAAGAUCAUUUGUAGGAAUGCAUUAUUGUGAGUCAGACUACCUGCCAUCCUGUCCUACAACGGCCCAUAUCUUUUUAGCAUUGGCCACUGAUGGAAGAACCUCUCGGGUCCCGUGGGCCGAUAUUGUGAAAGAUCAGGCAACGUUCAUAGAUGAAGAAUACCUUCCGGAUUACCAGAUGCUUGAUGCGGAACCGUCGCACCUCGCCAUUCAGAAGGUGAAGACGCUGUUAAACUUUUGGAUUCAACGACAGCGUGCCGGGCAGACUGUGUUUCGCUUUCGGCUUGUCAUCCAGGGUACUGAACGUGUCCCGGCAAAGGCUCCAGACGUCCGGACGAAUACGCAAAAGCCGACCCGUAGAUCCAGAGCAAAGGAGAACUUGAAACGACAAGUCCGUAGAUCGAAUGAAGGGGAACUCAGAAGUGAUGAGGAAGUUGAUGAUCCAUUGAAACAAAAGGUCAAGGGACAAAAGGGCAAGGGUAAAGUCAACAGAAAGGGAAAAAAAGGAAAGAAGUCCGCGGAGAUGGUCGACGAUUCCGGAGAAGAAUUCGAUCUUCUGGCGAUGGAUGACUUGGUCUUUUCUGAUGAUGACCUCCCUCUUCCGAAUAGCUUAGACCGUACAGCCGGACGUGGCAUGGGAUCUGGUGGGAUGGGCAUGAAAGGCCCGCGGGUGGGUGGAACCACUACUACGAAGGGCCCGCGGGUGGCUGGAACCGCUGUGGUAGGUACAACCGAUGGAGCACACUCCACAACCACGGCCUAUACCCUACCAGCGCCCGCCAUUGGCCCAACCAUCGUCCAGACCCUCCCUGCACCCCACAGUUUAGCCACCGCUGACAAGGCUUUGUGGAACAGGUUUGCGGCUCAUCUUCCCCUCGACUGCGUCGAUUGGACCGAGGAGCAAGCUAUUGCACAAUUCCGCGUGUUUCAACGUUGGUUCAGUGCUGAGACCAAUGGUGUACUGGCUGGGGCUGCAUUAUACACCCCCCCCUCAGUGGCAAUGAACAGGGACGUCGCAGACCCGUCACCACCCGCGGGUGGGAACGAUUCUCCGAAGACAAUUGAGCCCGUCUUUGCCAAGGUCGCAGAGAAAAUGCCUGACCUCAUGCUGGUUGAAAGAACGACUGCAUGCGGUUCCACCAAUCCGGGAGAAAGGACACCUGAAGGGGCUACCCCCACGCUGGCAGACAAGGAGACUCUGGCGUUGAAUCAUUCACUCCCGAAUAAUUCAAUGAUCCAAAAUGCACGCGUUGAAGAGGUUCCAAAACGUGUAUUGGAACCAUCGGACAAUCCAGAGGGUCAGGACAUCCAGAUGAAAGAUGACCCACCCACAAAGAGGGCCCGGACCGCUGUGAAACCAACCCCUGCCAAGCCAACCAGGAGCAGCACCCGUACCAAUGCCCCUGGUCCGUCCAUCCCCUUGACUAGAUCGAAGGCAAAGCGCGGGGGUAAACGCAAAUAG